AUGGCUGAGGUUGGAAAUGUAGCUUGCACUAAAAGAAGAUGGAACAUACCAAUCUUUGUUUUCUUUGAAGACAUUAGGAAUGUCUUCAAAUUCGAUGAUCUUGGAAUGGAAAUCCUACGUAUCGCGUUCCCUGCAGCUCUUGCAUUAGCUGCUGAUCCUAUUGCUUCUCUCAUUGAUACAGCAUUCAUCGGUCAUUUAGGGGCAAAUGAAAUUGCAGCAGUAGGAGUUUCAAUUGCCAUAUUCAAUCAAGCCUCUAAAGUCACAAUUUUCCCUUUAGUAAACAUAACAACUUCAUUUGUUGCUGAAGAAGAGACUGUUAGAAGAAUUAGUGAAAAAGAAGCAAUAGCUGAUUUAGAGAAGGGUAAGGAGGAGAAGAAUGAUACAAAAGUACAGCUAGUACUAACUGAUGAUACUGACAAUGCCAAGAAGGAAACCAAAGAGAUCGCAUUAGCACCAGAAUCUAAAUGUGUGUCCUUAGAUAAUAAAAGUAAAGGAAAACUCAAACGUGUGAAGCGACAUAUUCCAUCAGCUUCAACUGCAAUUCUCAUGGGAUGCAUUCUUGGCAUUCUCCAGACGAUUUUCCUCAUAUUUCUCGCGAAACCAAUUUUAAGCUUAAUGGGUGUGAAAUCUGAUUCUCCUAUGCUUUCUCCAGCAAAGAAGUAUUUGACCUUGAGGGCAAUUGGUGCCCCUGCAGUCCUUCUUUCUUUGGCUAUGCAAGGCGUUUUUCGCGGUUUCAAGGAUACUAGAACUCCGUUAUUCGCAACUGUUGCUGGAGAUUUGACAAACAUAAUUUUGGACCCAAUAUUUAUUUUUGUUUUCCGUUGGGGUGUUAGUGGUGCUGCCAUUGCUCAUGUUCUUUCUCAGUACUUGAUAUCGAUUAUUCUCCUAUUUAAAUUGAUGACAGAAGUUGAUCUAUUACCUCCUAGCGCGAAAGAUCUGCAGUUCAGCAAAUUUCUCAAGAAUGGAUUUUGGUUACUAGCAAGGGUGAUAGCUGUUACAUUUUGUGUGACAUUGGCUGCAUCGUUGGCUGCACGAUUAGGCACAACGCAGAUGGCUGCAUUUCAAGUUUGCUUACAAAUCUGGCUAACAUCAUCUCUGCUUGCUGAUGGAUUAGCUGUAGCAGGACAGGCAAUACUUGCUACUUCAUUUGCUGAGAAUGACUUCCAAAAGGCAAAGGCUGCAGGAGUUCGAGUCCUACAGAUGGGAUUAGUGUUGGGAUUCGGACUAGCUAUGUUCGUUGCAAUUGGGUUAUAUUUCGGAUCAGGAGUCUUUUCAAAGGACAAGAAUGUUAUCCGUCUUAUAAUCAUUGCCAUCCCGUUUGUUGCUGGUACACAACCAAUCAAUUCAGUGGCAUUUGUGUUAGAUGGUGUCAACUUUGGAGCAAAUGAUUUUGCAUACUCUGCAUAUUCGAUGGUUUUAGUUGGUGCAUUAACCAUAACCUCUGAGUUUUUCCUUUACAAAUCCAAUGGUUACACUGGAAUAUGGAUUGCUUUAACCAUAUUCAUGGUCCUGCGUACAUUUGCCGGUUUAUGGAGGAUGGGGACAGGAACAGGACCAUGGCGUUUUCUGCGGGUUCCGGCAGAAGCCAAGUCAUAG